AUGGCCGAGUACACUGCUCCCUUGAGGAUAGAAGACCUUCGAACCGCCUCCAAGGACAAGAAUCGGGAUGGCGCUCUCAACGAUGCCCAAGUGGCACUCUCCCUGUUUGAGGAAAAUCUCGAAAGCAUACGCUCAGUCUUCUCCGACCGACAAAUGACCCAAAGCAUUGCAGAUGCUGUACAGGCAGACGCUGAGGUUAUUGCCAAUACUAUUCGUGAGGAAGAGGUUGCUUGUGAAGACUACGCCCUUGCACACCGUCUGAACGGAUCCAACGUCACAUCAGAAGUCCACCUCCAAUCCAGUGACCUGAACUGGAAAAUCCUUGCCAGACUUGCUGCACUUUACGUGUCUGAGGACGUCGGCCAUGAGCUGUUCAAAGAUACCAAAAUCAGCACGGAGCAUAAUUCAGAUGCGGGUGGUCAGGCCGAGAGUUCUAGCAGAGUGUCUGCUCGUGAGCAGGCACCUCAUGGUACCGACAGCCUCCAAUGCAUUGCCUGCCACGAGGUCAAGAAGUACUUUGACGUGAUCGAGGUGUCCUGUGGCCACGGUUAUUGCAAACCAUGCUUGCAGCAACUUGUCGAUUUGGCCACCAAAGACGAAUCGUUGUUCCCGCCGCGCUGCUGUCGUGAACCAUUCGAAAUGAGCGGGGUCAACAUCUUCCUCACGAAGGAGCUCCGAGACCAAUUUGAGCUCGCCAAAGUCGAGUUCGGUACUCGCAACCGGACGUAUUGUUGUGGAGAGACAUGCUCCGCCUUCAUAAAUCCCAGCAAUAUUGAGGGCGAUGUAGCAACUUGUGGAAAAUGUGGUACGAUGACCUGCAAUACUUGCAAAAAGGUCGCUCACGACGGCCAUUGCCCAGAAGAUCCUGAAUUGCAAGCCACGCUCAGCCUCGCGACUCAGAGUGGGUAG